AUGGCACACAUCAAACUUUCCCCCAGUGUAGGUCUACCCACAACCCCACCAACAAACGUCCACUUCAUCGAACCGUUACUCUUCCAUGCCAUUGUCAGUGGAGUCCCCACCAACUCCUUGGACCCCCUUUUCCUCGAAACACAACGACACCAUCUAAACCAACUCCUCGAAGGGAUCCUGAAGAUGUUGAACCGACCGUUGACUGACCAGGAGAUCAAAUGUACUGACUCGGAGUUAGAAAUGGUUCUCGAUACAAUUCGAUCAGACUCCCUGGGUAACGACUCCUCCUCGGGUUCCAACUCCAGCUCUGGUUACGCCUCCCCCACAACCCUACAAAGGAUCAUACCCCUUCUCCAAAUCAUUUCCCCCGAGUACACCCCACAAACAAUCUCCCAAUUCAUCCUUUCGAUCACCUCACCAACCAUCACCCUGGCCUGUAAAUCUUUAGCAUCUCUUUCGUCAAUCCCCACCUGUGUCCUUGUGGAUAUCCUUACUCGGACCCCAGUCUCCAAAGAGGAAUACCAACUCCAAUUCCAAAUCUGGACCGAUUUCCAUCGUCAAUUGGUCACCGACUUCCAAAAAUUGUCUUCUUCAAAAAAUUUCCGUCAAUGUUUCGAUCAACUUCUUAUUAAUGCCCCAGAAUUCGACCCCACUGGGGGCGUGGUUGAUCUUUUGCAGAACACCCUCCCGUUCCAUUCGACGGGGAAGACCGACUUGUUGACGUCAGAGUACCUCAAUUCCGUUCUUUGGUCCAUUCUGUACCAUCAAAUGAUUAGGAAACUCCCCUUUGCCAGAAAUGCUGUUGAUUCUCCAACUGGAGCCCAUGAAUUGAUCUUGCACCAUUUAAGUGCAGGGUCCAACACCAACUCCAACAGUAGCUCCAUCAAUUCAUUGACACUCCCUGGAUACAUGGCCAUUGUCCUUGGGAUCAGUUCCAUCUCCCGUGACAAAGCAAACAAAUUGUUUACCAUUGCUCUGAGGAAAUUCAACCAUCAACCACAAUCAAGAGAACAUUAUAUCGUUAGGAUCUUCCUUGCUGAUACCCCUGACGUACUUCUCUACCGGUUCAACGAGGCAGCCGAAACGUUUGGCGAUUUCGCCACCCUUUGGCACGUCUUUGUGGUGAAAUUGGAUGCCUUUGGUCUUUUGACCGAGACAAGGGCCAUCAAGGUUCUUGAACAGAUUGUACAUCGGGGCGACAACAUCCUCUUGACCAAGGAUAUCAUGCUUGUGCUCUUCAAGCCAAUCCAAUCUAUGCGGUCAUUGGAAAGAUUGGUCAGGAUCUUACCUCUGAAGCUUUUACAGGCCCAUAGAACAACGACAUUCCAAAAGUUCCUCCGGUUGUACUACCAGCUGGGGAAGAAGAAGCUUAACCAUAGCCGUCACCCAACACUCUCACAACUAUUCCCUCCCUCUCCUGGCGGCUUCUACUCGACAUGGCCCCACAAAACCGUCUCCCACAUCGGUAUCAUGCUCUAUGGAGAAGCCAUCCUUCAGCCACAAAACUUGUACAAACUUUACCUUGACCAGUUGCAAGAUGGCUGUCAACCCAACGAGGAAUGCAUUGCCGCGCUAGUCCGUGCCGCCAAGGUCCCAUUGGACGACGGUGAGUGCAUGCUCUGGGGUGAGAUGUACGCUCCCCAGGUGGCCAUCCACGAGUUUGCCAAACACGUCAUGACAGAAUUGGAACCACGGCUGUACCGCAUCUACCCGAGCGACCGGCUCUGGCAGAACUACAUCGCCAUGCUCCUGCAAUACGACUACGUCUCUGAGCUUUCCUUGGUGAUGAAAUGGUGGGAACGGCUUUCCUUUGUUCCCAGCCAUUCGACCUUGUUCCAACUCUUGUUGGCGUUACCCGAGGGCAUAGCCGAACGCCACAUCAUCCACGUGGAGAAGGUCAGAGCUAGCGGAGGCGAGGGGGGAGUUGCGGCGAGCAGCAAGGGGGACAUGAUCGAAUGGCCAUGGCCCACUCUCACGGAGUUUCAAGAUGAGAAGCUGCACAGACAAUCAAGAUAG